CAAAAAUGGAUAAUUUCAAUACAGAUAUAAGUGGCAAUAUUAAGCAGAAAACAUAAUAUAACCAUACUGAACUUCUAAUAAAUAAUCUAUUUAAUUUUAUGUAAGAUUAAUUAUGAUAAAGUUUGAUUUUGAGAGGAAAAACUGAUAUGCCACAUUCGACCGCUCCAGAGACACGUAGGUGCCCGCCAUCUUGGAACGGUCAGCGUGUCGUCGUCGCUCACAGUAAGAAUCAAUGAUAAUGCCAGCUUCUGGUUGUGAAACCACCGAGAUUCCGAAGAAAUGGGAUAACCUUUCACAGACACUCAGUCAACUUGCUCUCCAAAGUUAACGGGCCGACUUUGACCGGUCCAAUAUGGCGGACGGCUUAGCAGCCGCGAAUGAGGACCGCCAUCGAUCGCUCCUCCCCUAGCAACCAGUGUUUACGUCUCGCUCAGGAGAGUCAGAGAUGCCUCUGAUAGUAAGAGAUCACACAUGGACACAAAACCAGAACACAGUUUACAUUAGCGUCCCUUUAAAAGGAGUGAAGACGGCUAACGUCCAUGUCAUCUGCACGGAUGAGUAUCUGAAGGUGAGUUUCCCCCCGUUUCUUUUCGAAGUUUUCUUAUUUGGGCCAAUUAAUGAGGAGAAAAGUGAAGCCAGGAUUGGAAAUGGUGUUGCAGUUUUCACACUGCAGAAGAGGAGAGAUGAAUUGUGGGAGCAGCUCUUUACAAAUAUUGAUAAAGAGAAACAGAAGCAGGUUCGAGAACAAGCAAUUCUCAAAGUUCAGGAGAAAGAAGCAGAAAAGUCUAAAGCCAAAGCCGCCAAGAUUCAGCAGGAGAAGAAAUAUGCACUGGAAACCAUGAUGAAGCUUGAGAAUGAGGAGCGGGACAGGAUUCAGAAGAUGAAGGAUGAAGAGUGUGCGAGAGCCACGGUGGAACUGGAUUUCUGGAGAGAAAAGCAGAGAAAAACGGCAGAAGAAAACGAGAACCAGCAAAAGCUGCAAGGAGCCGGCAAGCACGAAAACAAACCGAUUUAUCAGAAAACAGAGCGUGCAAACGUUACACCUGCAAUCACACCACUGCACAAUACUGGAAACACUACAUCUGGGCAGAGAAGCAGCAAACAGAAGCCAAAAGAUCUACCUGCUCCCAGAUCAGCUGGCUGUAUUAAGAUCAGCUUUACUCCACGAGUGUUUCCCACCGCGCUGAGAGAGUCUCGCAUCCCGGAGGAGGAAGAGUGGUUGAAGAAGCAGGCGGAAGCCAGGAGAGCAGUGGACACGGAUCUGGCCGAACUGGACGAUCUGAGAGAGGAAGAGAGAAACCCAGACUGGCUGAAAGAGAAGGGCGAUAAAUUGUUCAUGGCAGGAAACUUCCAGGCCGCUGUCAACGCCUAUAAUCUUGCCAUAAAACUCAACAGGAAGAUCCCGGCUUUAUUUUCUAAUCGAGCGGCCUGUCAUCUCAAACUGAGAAAUCUUCACAAAGCCAUUGAGGACAGCUCUCAGGCCCUUGAGUUGCUGACGCCUGCGGUCGCUGCAAACGCUGCGGCUCGACUGAAAGCUCACGUGAGGCGAGGAACAGCGUUCUGUGAACUCCAGCUCUAUGUGGAAGGUCUUCUGGACUACCAAGCGGCUCUAGAAAUCGACCCACAAAAUGAAGCCCUGCGAACUGAUACAGACAAGAUUCGUGAGAUCAUACAGGGCACCACGUCAUCAUCCAGCUCCUAAAAAUCCACAGCAUGCCAACUAGGAUUAUGGGUGCAACUGUAAUUAAUGCAGAAAUGUACUUGAACACACAUGAACGUAAUAUGAAACCACACAUAAAGACUGGUUAGGCUGAAGAAAUAGUUUUAUUCAUACUCUUAUGAACUUUACUCUGACAGUAUUUGUCUUCCCAAUAAAAUACAGAACUGCUUAUUGCAACCAUAUUCAUCUAAUAUGCGCAAUACUUUUUUGCUGUAUAUAUUCCCAGAUAACAACAAAACACGACCUUGAUCUUGAGUUAAUAGUCUAUGGAUGCAAAUGAGAAUUAAAUACUAUUAAAUUAUUAA